CAUCACUCCUCCCUCUCCAUUUCUUUCUGUUGUUGUAGCUCUAGCAGGUUGCAUCUCAGCACUGUGGGACACUCAACUUAGAUCACGUAUUUCCUAUGAAAGCCGUGCACUUGCGUGUGACUAGCACUUCUCUUUCGUGCCGAAGCACUAUUGGCGUUUGCUUGUACGGUUCAGCGACAACUUGUCAGGCAAACGAGUCCUCUUUUUCCGCAGCGAGAUUUUUUUUUCCCUCAACUGCUAGUAGACAUUCUGAAUAGUACUACUUCGUAGUUCUGAAUAGUACUACUUAGUAGUUCUGAAUAGUACUACUUAGUAGUUCUGAAUAGUACUACUUAUUAGUUCUGAAUAGUUCUCGUUUCGCAGAAAAAAACCGAGCUGUUUUUUACCAGGAGUUUUCACAGAACGUCAGAAAUCGAGAGCACCGAUCUUAGCCUCUGGACCUAGUAGGAAUUUUUUUUGAGGUAGUGGAAUCUUAGCUUUUGGUUCGCGGUGGGCCGCUACGCAACGAGCCGAAUACGAUCGAUUACCUUUGUGCAACAAUGGAGUGUUAGAUCAAAAGCUCGCGACGCGAAUGGCGGCUAGCGACGUGAGUCGUCUCAGAGCUCGAAACGUUACACUGAAGAGUAUCGAAAGGCAAAAAAAUGCAGUUUUUUCCUACAUUAGCAGGCCGCCCAAUUCGUCCUUUUCUCUUGUAACGGUUCCUGAAACGGACGAAAGCAGCCGAAUUCAGCUUCCCGGAUUCAAGUACCACUCAAAUCCCAGCGCGGAUAGUACCCAUCGCGUGUGUCCAUCGUGCGGUUGCUUGCUUCCGACGCGCCGCCGGUCGUCCGAUGCCUCGUCGAUCGCCGCAUGAUCGCAUCCCUUCUGACGUGAUCGCCGAUCGCGCGACGCCUCUCGUUUCGACUGCUCGGUGUCCAUCCCGCGGCACUUGCUCUGACGUGCCACUUGGUCGCAACGACGUGGCUGCUCUCGAUGCGCCGGUCGCCGCGUGCCUCUCGUUUCGACUGCUAGGUGUCCAUCCUGCGCUUGCUUUCCGACGCGCCGGUCGCGUCGUGUCUCGUCGUGUCGUGCCGUGUCGUCGCCGCAGCUUCCGCGUCUCGGUCGCUUCUGCGACGGCCCCGUGCUCGUCGUCGCGUGCGAUUUCUCGUCGCCGUCGCGGUUCGUCGCCACGGCCGCGUGACUCCGGCGUUCCCUCUUGAGGUCACCUAACACAGGCGCGGGCGCCGGUGCGUCGCCGCGUGACGGCGGUGGGGUAGGAAUUGCUGACUCUGGUUCCCGUGAGGAUCGCCGACUCAGAAUGCCGACUGAGGAGGAGGAGGAGGAGGACCGCCGGCGGUACUACGCCCGUUCGCCGUCGCCUGAAGAGGUGUCGUACGCGGCAGCAGCCGUGCAGGAAGGAGACGGAGGAGAAGGGGGAGGAGGCGAAGGAGAAGGCGGGGAAGGGGAAGGCGGGGAAGGGGAAGGAGGGGAAGCGCAAGCUGCACCGCCGUCGUCAGAGAGCAUUGGGAGAGAGGAAGAGAUGGUUCGGUCGGGGGGUUUCGUCCUCGUCUCUGGCUGCCUCUGCAUGGACCCCGCUAUGCUCGCAAACGUAUCGAUGGUGGAGGUCAGGGCACAGACAGCUGAUGUUCUGAGACGGAUCGAAGCGGUGCUGAAGGAAGCGGGCACCAACCUGGUUCGACUGGGCCAGGAGAACGCAGCAGCAUCAGCAGCAGCUAGGGAUGGCAACCACCGCGCCAGCAACUCUCCCCAUCCCGGUUCCAGCAACCCUGAUCCAAACAAUUCUUCCCGCGUCAACACCCGGGAUAAUAGCCCCCGAGCCGGUGACGCUAGCGCCCAUACUGAGCGGGGGAGUGGCCAGGCUCGGAACGCCUAUGGAAGCUCCGGUGAUGACAAUCAGGGGGGCCAAGGGGAAGGUGGGCUUUCACCUGCUGCUAGGUUCGGUAAUAGGCCCGGUGGUAGGUCCGGCACCAGGUCUGGUAAUAGGUUUGACGAUAGGCCGGUGCCUCUUGAAGAGAGAAAUGGCAAUGUUGGUGGUGAUGGUGGUGGUACUGGCGGUGAUGCUGAUGUAUAUGCCAGUGGGGAUGCUGCUGAUGCAUGUGAAGCCAUGGAUGCAUGUCAGCCCAUGGAUACUUCACACAUGCCACCAUCAACCCUCCGCCACCGCUCCUCCUCACUCCCACCGCCCUCCACUCGACCUAUCCCCGGUACAAUCUUCACUAGGGUUCAUGCUACAGCCGCUGCUGGUCCCCGUCUUGGCUCUGCUGCUACAGCCGCUCGUGCAGAAUACAGGGCUGGCGGAUUAUCGGACGGUUUCCCAGGCGGUUUCCCAGGUGGUUUUUCAGGUGGUUUUGCUGGGGCUUCUGAGACGUGCUCUGCUCCUGCAACCCCUGCUGCAUCUGCUGCCCGGGCUCUCCCGGAUUCAAGUGCUGAAGAGCUAACACCGCUGCCGGCCGCUCAACUAACCCAACUGCAAGGGCGGGUGGGUGCUUUGGAAGGGGGUUGUGAGGCCACUGGUGGUGCUACAGCUGAUGCCGCUGGGGUUGGUGCUGCUGCUGCUGCUGGCGCUGCUGCUGGUGCUGGUUCUAGUGCUGGGAGUGCUGCUGCUGGUUCUACUGCUGCUGCUGCUGCUGCUGCUUCCGGUGCUGUUGGUGCUGGUUCUGGAUCUAGUGCUGCGGGUGCUGGUGCUGGUGCUGGUGCUGGUGCUGGUGCUGGUGCUGGUGCUGGUGCUGGUGCUGCGGCUGCUGCUGCUGGUGUUGGUGGUGCGUUUACUUAUGCUGAUGCUGCUGCUGCUGCAGCAUCACCUGCCAACCAAAGAAGGCCCGAGGAUCGACAGGCAGGGGUUGUCCCCCGAGGCAGGGAAGAGCAUAUCCCCUCUGGGAAUGCUGCUUUCGGUUGCCAAUCGUCUGAUGCCAAUGCGUCUCCCCAUGUCCUGGGUCCCCCUGCGGCGAACACCUACACUCAGCAGCCUUCCCACGAGCGUGCUUUAGCACAGCAUGCCUCCGAUGCCUCCCCUAACAAUGCUUUCCUGCCGCAUGUUUCCCACAAGGCGAGGAUCAAGCUGAUAGGGGUGAAGCGGGAGAGAGAGGAGGAGGAGGAGCGAGGGGAGUUGGUGGGUGUGGGCUCCCUGGGUAGUGGGUCUCGGAUGGGCGAGGUGACUGUGACUGUAUCCGCUCGGGAGGUUGAUAGUGGUAUUGGAAACGGUCUCGCAACCCCUGCAUGGAGGGGAGCGGCAGCAGAUGGUGAAGGAACAGGGGGAGAAGGAGGAGGGGCAGGAGGAGGAGCAGGAGGAGGGGCAGGAGGAGGAGCAGGAGGAGCAGCAGCGGCAGCGGCUGCGGCGGCGGCGGUUGCGGUGGCGGCAGUGGCAGCAAGAGCAGAAAUGGUUGGGACGAAUGGAGACGGUUGGCCUAGCCGCUCAGAAAGUAGAAAGCAGGUUGAGUCUGCUGCUGUGGUGCAGAGCGGUGCUGCAAGGCGAGGGGGUGGAGGUACUAGAGUGGCGACAGGAGAGAGGGGAGCAGGAGGGGGGGAUAGUGGUGGGGAAAGGCAGACAGGGGCGGGUAGGGAUGAGGUAGUGAGGGAGGGAGAAAGAGGAGAGAUGGAGGGGGGAGGGGAUGCAGAAGGGGUGUUAGUCGUGGCAGCAGCACCCCCUGAUGCCGUGGCAGCAGCAGCAGCGUCUGCUGGUGGUGGUGGUGGUGGUGGUGGUGGGCUCAUGGCAGCCGCAGCUGCAAGUAUCAUGAGAGCGCCUGCAGAUGUGCUGACGGUGCUUCCCACUGGGGAGGGCGAGAGAUUGGCGGUGGCGACCAGGGGUGACGUGGUGGGGGCGUCUCAAGGGGAAGCGAUGGGGGGAAGUCAUCGCAGGGCCCUAGUUACUACAGGUGGUGACAGGUCAGCAGCGCCUGCUAGUGGCACGGGUGGUGGGGCGAUUCCCGAAAGUGGGGUUGGGGAGACGGUGGGUGGAGUUGAUGGCGUGAUUGUGACAAGUGGUGGUGGUGAUGCUGCUGCUGCUGCUGCCGUGGGUGCUAAUGGUGGUGGUGGUGGUGGUGCUGCUGCUGCUGCCGUGGGUGCUAAUGGUGCUGGUGGUGGUGGUGCUGGUGUGCACCAGACAGUUCCGGAAAGCGGUGGUGGAGGGAUGGUGGUGGCGUGUGCUGCUGUGGCUGCUGCUGCUGCUGCUGCUGUGGAUGCAAGUGGUGCUGCUGCUGGGGAGGGGGGAGAGGGGCGGUUCCCGUGCCUGGCGCCCGGGUGUGAGAAGACGUACAAGAACAGAGACAACAUGAACAAGCACUUUGCCAAGGUCCACAGCAAGACGGCCCGCCUGUACGAGUGCAACCUGGUGCGCGUCGACGGGUCAUCCUGCGACUUCAAGACGCACGACGCUGGGAAGAUGAGCAACCACAAGAAGUACAGCCUGGCACAUAACCGCAGGGAGGACUUUAAGCACCCGUGCGACUCGUGUGGGACCCGCUUUCCCCGCAGGCACGAGCUCGACCGCCACAGGCCGGCAUGCAAAGGGCCUCAAGCCACCCCCAACCACCAGAACCUCCCCCAGGCGAACCUCCCAUCCACUACCCACGUCAACUCCACCAGCACGGUUGCUCUCACUGACGUGCCUUCUACUGACCACAUGGGGAAUGCGGGCGGCACGGGGAACGCGGGCGGCAUGGGGAACGUGGGCAGCAUGGGGAAUGCGGGCGGCAUGGGGAAUGCGGGCGGCAUGGGGAAUGCGGGCGGCAUGGGGAACGCGGGCGGCAUGGGGGCAUGGGAGAAUCGGGAAACACACGCUCGAUUUCCAGCCUGCUUGCGUAUGGAAGUGUCGUUCCAAACCAAGCCAGUUACCAAGCCGAUUACCAAGCCAAUCACCAAGCCAAUUACCAAGCUAAUCAUCAAGCCAACUAUUACCAAGCCACCCACCAAUCCUCGGACCAAGUUUUCAACCAGGAAGGAGGAGCAGGAGGGUCAGGAGUGGGUGGGAGCGGUGGAGGAGGAGGAGGUGGAGGAGGAGAGGGAGGAGGAGAGGGAGGAGGAGAGGGAGGAACGGCAGGAGCAGCAGGAGCUGCAGGAGGGGGAGGAGGGGGAGGAGGGGGAGGAGGGGGAGGAGGGGGAGGAGGGGGAGGAGGGGGGGAAAGAGGGAGGGGAAGGGGAGGAGCAGUCAGGAGUAGUUUUGCUGCUAUGAUGAUGGGUCGGGCCACUAUUCAAGGGGCAUUGAGGGUUAUGAAGAUGGGCGGUGCUGCUGCUGCUAGUGCUGCUGGUGUUUCUAGUGCUGCUGGUGCUGGUGCUGGUGCCGGUGCUGGUGCCGGUGCUGGUGCUGGUGCUGGUGCUGGUUCUGGUUCUGGUGCUGGUGUCGGUGCUGGUGGUGCUGGUGCUGGUGCGGGUGGUGGUGGUGGUGCGGCUGCUAAUGCUGCUGCCGGUGUUGCUGGUGCUGUUAAUUCUG